UCGCAAGGAACGCGCGAAAGAGUUCGGGUCUAAAUUGUGACAGAUUUUCAAGUACAGUUGAUAAUGUCGAGCCCAGCACAGAAGGUUUCCAGAAAUCAUCGUGAAAUGUACAAAGCUAAAACCCCUCCAUGGAAGGAAAAGUACAGACAGGUGUGUUACCACAAUUUUGCACAUAGGUGCCUGGACAGGUUGAGACAAAGUCGAGAAAAACUACAGGCCAAAUUUAGAAAGUUAGGGGAUGUAGACUCGGACAAAGUUGAAGAUGACACGUUUAUCAGUGAUCUGAUGAAAGAGGAACUACAAGGCCUGAAAGAGUCGUUGAAGCAGCCUGCAUGUAAAUCAGCUGAGGUUGACGACUUUGACAUGGGAGACCUGGCUACAGACAUUGAUGAUGUGCUGUCCUUGUUUGAAGACAUACAAGCAGAGCUCAAAAUAGAAGAGCUGAAAUUGAUUGAAGAAUUUGAAAGAUAUGAAUCCAGUUUGAAGGAAGAAGAGGCCUUUUUGUGUAGUGCUAUUGAAGAGCUGUGUACAGAUGAAGUGAUAUGUCCUGUUUGUCAGAAGAGUCCUUUAUUGAUCAACAAAUCUGUGAUAUUUUGUCGGUGUGGAAUGAGAGUAAAUACAGAGGAAGACUGUCUAACUUUGGCACAUGUGAAGCACCUGUUAGAGGAGGGAAUGACAGGUCACACAGCAGUUUGUGAGGGUCAGGCAAUCUUUGCAGUUGUACAGGAUCUCGGCACUCAGAACCUGCUCAUGUCAUGCAAGUCCUGUGAUUGGAUGUCUAUAGUGAUAUGACUGCAGGUCUCAUGAGAUGGAGGAUGGAUGUUAGAUCUAUACUGUAUACAGAUAUGGACAAGAGGAGCGAUACAGUUGUGUGUCGAUAAUGAGAUUAUGCUAGUGGACCUGUCGAUAAUUUAUUGUUGUUUAAAGUUAUAAAGAUGGGAUUGUGUAAGAUACACCACUACAAUAUUCCUGAUCAGACAGGAGGGAUGUGCUGGUCUGUAAUAUCUCUUGUCAUCAAACGCACAGAUUGUAUAAUCCCAUCUGUGUUACGCUGCAGCAUGGUGCUAUGUAAUAUAUUUAUAUCUUACUAGCUAGUUACUGUGAUAUGUGUCUCAGUUACGUUACACUCCUGGUUCAUGUUAUUUAUUAUGGUGUUACUUUAGUUUGUUGGAGCACUGUACUCUCUAUUUUAAAAUUUGAAUGCAAGGUUGGAUGCAGUGAUGCAAAAUUAUACAGAAAUGUGGAUAUGAAAGAUGGUAUAGGCAUAAUGUAUGCAUUUUUUCCUUUUUUUUCUCACUCAUCACUGAUUAUUAUAAAUAAUCAUUGCAAGCAUAUUUAUUUAUUUAUUCAUUUCUACAUGUACAUGUAUUAUGGCUACAGAAUUUUUUUUAAUUUUUUUUUUUUUUUUUUUGUGCAUAAGAGUUUUGAAAACAAAUCUUUAUUAGGCCAUGUUUGUGCCAGAUGUGAUUGUAUAUGUAUUACAGUGUAUGUAACUGAGCUGAGAGCUUUGAUUGAAAAUACUUACAUGUAGAUAGUAAGCUGUUUAUGUGAAAGGUCUAAAUUAAAGUAGCUGUUUGAAAUAUAAACAUUUCAGCUACGUUUUAAAUUCUCCAUAACAAAGAAAUAUUUUUUGUUGAUGAAAGCAUGUUUGUAAAGGUGAACUCUACUGUAGUAUUAAUUUUUUUGGUGAUUGAUACAAAUAUGGUCAUUUGACCAACAUAAAUUUGUAAGAUUCAGAUUUGAUAUCAAAUGAUUCACAUAUAAAUAGGGUCUAUAAAAUUCAUAUGUUUGAAAAGAAAUAUUUUUCAUACAAUCAAUUAAAUGUGAUGUUUAGAGAAUUUCUAAUUAAAAGUGGGUUUUUUUGUAUAUAAAGAAAUUGAUUCUUGCUUUUUGAAAUGUAACUUUUCCUUCUUACCUUCUCAUUGUUAUAUCUAUGAGAAAUUGGUGGAAAAACUCAGAUAAAAGCAUUAUGUCAUGCAUACAAUGUAAUUGAUUGACAGAGAGAUAAUGUUGCCUGCAUGUGCAUAUUAAAGAGUUCCUAUCAGAACAUGUCAAGACAAAACUGAUAUUUUUGAUGUGCCCCAAUUUUUUGGUUCCUGACAAAAUGAACUGACCAAAUGCAUGGCUGAUGUCUUGCCACUGAAAGUGCUGCAUACCAAUUAAUACAUAUAUACACUUUAUGUCUUUAUAUGUACCUUAAUGUAAUUCCCUUUAUUUGUAUCAGUGAGGCCACAAAAAUGGGAUUCACUGUUUAAACAAGUUAUAGGUUUGUUGACUAAGUACAUAUAUGAUCCACCAAAAAGCCUCACUUUUGUCAUGAUACAACUCAUACAUUUAAAAGAUGUAGAGAAGAUGGAGGAGAUUCCAAGUCUUCAAUUUCAAUAAAGUGAUUGGUAAAGAAUCUUCAAUAAGAUAAAAAAGACUUUCUUGUUCCAUUGAAAUGUUGUACACAUAAUGUUUAGUAAAUAAAUUCCUGUUUGUUUAUAAA